CAGUAGCAGAAGCUAGACUAAUCAGUAUGAAACAAUUCGCACUUCUAGUGAUACACCUCAUUUUAGGAGCUCAGGCUGUACUAAACCGCUCACCUUACAUUAUUAAUGGACAAGAUGCUCCUCAUAAACCCUACAAUGCAUAUGUUGCCUAUUUGAAUGCAGACAAUGUUGAUUUUUUCGGUGGGGGCUCGAUUAUUUCUGAUAGACACAUUAUUACUGCGGCGCGAAAUAUUUAUGGAUAUGUGGGUUGGCACAUUGGUCUUGGGAGUAACAUUUUCUCUUCACUGAGCAUGCUAACAACGACUACAGCUACUCAUCAUCCAAGCUACAGCCCAAGCAGUGGAGCGAAUGAUAUUGGUAUCAUAUAUUUGGCUAGUUCCAUUGUUUUCAACCCAACUAUAGCUCCUAUUGCGUUACCAGCUCUGACAGAUACACUUCAAUUGCCAUUAGAAAAUGAACAAGGAACCAUUGUUGGAUUCGGUUUUACCAGUGCUCAAUCGCCUACCCAUUCGGACUUUCUGAGGCGAUCAUUCCAGCGAGUUACAACAAUUGCACGGUGCCAGCAGUUCCACCAGAUAACAGACCCGAAUCAAUUCUGUGGUGAAGAUACCGCCUCGUUGUCCAACAUCUGCGACGGUGAUAUUGGGGCCGGUUUUGUAACUAACGUACGGGGCAAUGCCAUGCUGACUGGUGUUGCAUCUUUGAUUUUAGCCAGCUGUGGUAACGAAAGCCCACCUGUAUACACACGCAUUGUUCCAUAUAGACAAUGGAUUCAGCAGGUUACGCAAGUGUAAAAUAUUCAAAGCUGGCUCAUUUAAGUUACGAUUCCUGAAAAAAAGUAUCUAAAGGCUUUUCUAUAUUCCAUAGUCAGUUAGUCGUGACUUAUAGGCCCGUACAGUAAUUCUACAAUUAGGAGGCAGUCAACGUUCAAUGUUCAAAAAUAAAUUAAAAAUCA